GAUGUGCGGAGAUGUUCUCCAGCACUCUUGAGAGUGGAGCUCAGGGGUUUGCACACACGGACACCCCUCUCUCCCUCCAUCUCUCUCUCUCCACCAUACACAGACACAGACACACACACACACACACACACACACACACACACAAACACACACACAUACCAUUUUUAACAUAACCACCCAGGUCCUGGUCCUGGUGUGGUUCACAGCUGGGAUGAUGGCUCUGCUGAGAGGGGCUACGCAGCCACUGGCUCUGGGCCGAGCUAAAGGCAUUCUGCAGGAGCAGCGCUCCAGUAUCUACAGCAAGCCUCCCAAGAACAAGAUCGGAGCCGGGCAAAGUUUCUUCAUCAUGUCCGUGUUCGCUGUGGCCAUGCUAGUUCCAGCCGGCUGGAUCAUGCACCAUCUUCCCGAAUAUCGCAAAAGAUCUCGGCCCCCACCCUGAUGAGGAAGUUGGAGUUCUAUGUGGGGUUACCUCCUCCUCCUUCUCCCACCGUACUCAGUUAACCCGGCUGCCUCUGAGUCCUUAUCCACCUCCACUUGAUAUACCUCCAAUUUCCAGAGCCACCAGAUGGAAAAUGCUAAAGGGAUGCAUUAACCGACCCCUGAAUGGAUGCGACAACCAACUGCUCAAAAAAACAACCUCACAAUCGAAAACCUUGGCAAGAAAACUGUCCAAGACAUUUUCCCUUUAAAUGUUAUGUCAGUAAGCGAAAGAUUCCAUCAAUGGUAUGUCUUGGUGUUUAAGGCCUUGGAAAUGUGGCCCCUAUUGUCACUGCAGUGCUCACUAGCAAUGACACGUACAAUGUAUACAACUGCAAAUUCAUUUUUCAUUGUUAAUAAAGCUAAGCCAUGUGUGCAAA